AUGAAGGAGAUUGAGAAAAUUGCAAAGGACCAAGGAAUUUCUACUAUGAUCGUGAAAGAUGUGAUCCAGGAUAUGCUGGAUGAUGAUAUGAUUAUCCAGGAAAAGGUUGGAACACAAGUCUUGUACUGGAUUUUCCCGAGUCAGUCCUAUAUUCUUAAAAAGCGCAAAUUGGACACUCUUCGGUCGUCGGUCGCAACCCUCCGCGAAGAAAAGGAAAAACUAGAUGAAAGCAUCGCCAAGGCCCGAGAAAGCAAACCAGAUAGCGAACAUCGUCUCGAGCUUGUCGAGCAACACGAGCAAUUGCGAAAACGCCAAGAGGAAUUGACAGCCUCUCUGGAUUCGCUUAGUGAGCGUGAUCCCGAAACAAUUCGCAAGUUGAAGGAUAAUGUGAAACAAGCGAUCGAUGGUGCGAAUCGUUGGACAGACAACAUCUACAGCGUGAAGAGCUUUUUGGUUCGGAAGCAAGGCAUGGGAAGCAAGGAAGUGGACCAAGCUUUGGAGAUCACCGAAGACUUCGACUCUCUCGAAUACCCUGCUUGUCUUCGCAACUAA